GCGGUGCGCGUCUGAGGUGUGAUGGCCGUGCGUGUGUGCUCGGCGCCCGCAUCAGACCCCCUCCUCAGCGCUUCAACGAGUCCGGCCCACCAACAGAUCGGAAGUACCUUGAUGCAGGUAUUUUUGCCCCCUUUUGUUUGCCCGCAGCUUCUAGAAAUACCCGUCACACCGCGCCUAAAGUGGUGCCGUCGCUUGCAUAGUCGCAUUGUCAACUCAUCACCUGCAUGAGCCCUCUUGUUUGGCGACUUCCCCACCAAGGCCACAGGGCUAUCCGGGGCCGUGGAUCAAAGGCUUCAAUCAUACAAAAGCCGUCGAUCGCCUCUUUGUACCCUCCCACUCUAUUACUGUAUCGGUCUCUCUCCACGGCCUCAGUGUCUGCCAUUCCACUAUUGAUAUCUCUUGUCCUAGAUCCCAGGUCUGGUCUUGAGUGGAACACUCUUAUUACCCACAGACACUGCGACUCGAGACGAUCCGCUGGGCGGGUCUCUGGUGCUUGGCUCCCUAUCAUGCUAGCUUCUGUUCAAACAUAUCCGUUAGUCACGAUGUCGUUGGAUUCUUCACCACGGUCGUCUUCUCCUCCCAAGCGGCCACGGCUUUCUCUUCAAAUCAAGGCUCCAGCCAUACCUCAGACCCUCGGGAAGUCAACGUCUGCGUUGAAAGGAGAUAUUGACCCGACAUCACCUACCGCCUUUAAUACACUCUCAAAUGCGUACGCCGCUGCCAUCGAGAACGCUUCUCCCCGGACCGCGAAUCCUAAGCUCCUAGAUACAAAAUUGAAGCCCACCUCGCUACGGCUUGAGACCUCAAACUUCAGCGGCAAUAAGAGUUAUAUCCACCCUUCUCAACGCACACAGACACCUGGUCCAUUUUCAAUCACCUAUCCCGAUACUCCCUUGUCGGCAUUCCCAGGCCAGACCACUGCCACCACUCUACCAGAUGGCGAUCCAAAACUUCCUGCAACUGCAACUGCAACUGCAACCGCAUUCACAUUUACACCUCCACAAUCUGCAGGUUCUGAUCACCAAGCUCAACCAAAAGUUUUCACAUUUGCAGCCCAAUCUCCCAACAGAUCAGUUCCAAGCACACCUCGCACGCCUCGACGAAGGAUGACAAUUGGCAACUCGUCCCUGGCCGCUCCCUACACCCACCCUCGAGCUUUACACAGCAUCCUCCGCAACUCACCCCUACCUCCACGCUCUUCGGUCACACCCGCCACCCCGAGUAGAGUCUCGAUGCGGCUAGCAGCAAAGGCUAACAAAAAAGUGGGAUAUAACGACCCGUUGGAGCAAACCAUUACAACAAAUAAAUAUGUCAAAUCGCAUAUCGAUCUCCUCGCCGAAGACUCGCCCUUUUCCGCAGAGCAGGAGGCAGAUCCCCAGACGACACAGACUCUGGAAUUUGCAAUGACAUAUACAGGGGAUGAGACUCGAGAUGGAGGUCAAACACCAGGCCCAUUUGAAGAAAUGAGAAGGAAAAUGGCUGAAAGUGGACUGGAUACUCCUGGAUCGCGGAAACGCAAGAGGAGAGAAAAGAAGAGGAAGUGGGAAUGGACAAUCAAUACUACGGAAAUGGAUGGGGAUGAUGAAGGCAAGACACCACUAACUGCCGUGCGGAGGACACCAAUAACUGCAGUACGGCGAGGUGCAUCUGUGUCAGAGGGAUCGGAGACGGAAAUGUCAGAAGCUGAACCACGAUUCGUGCCUUCUGAAGCUGAAGACACUGAGAUGUCGGAGGCUGAUGAGGGUUCUGUUCAAUCAGAACCUACGAGGCCAUCCACCUCGUUGUAAAAUUAGUUUUGGUAUAAUGGGCCGGUGAAUCUGCCUCUCAGGUAUUCUAUUGGGGUCAAACCAAAUAAUAAAAACGGAAUUUGCACAGUUUGCUG